GUUCACAAGUCCCUACCAGGCCUGCUCUAGGGGCACCAAUCUCUGCCCUUCGAGCCAUCCACCUCAGCAGGUUUCACCAUGAAGCGGAAGCCGUCAAGGAUUCGAGGAGUGGAAGGGACGAGGAAUUCCAAGCUUGUGUUCAACAUCGGACUGAAGAAGUCUCCUGAGGUUGUGGCGGAAAAGACGAUUGAUGCAAAGCCUUCACUCAAGCCCAAAAUGAAGAAAGCUCUGCAGGUGGAACUGACCUUACCAGGAGAAGGGAAAGACAGGAUGUUUAAUGCUUCCAAAAAGUUUGAAGGCAAAGUGAGUUUGGCCCUGCUAGAGUCUGCCUUGAAAGGAGAAGUAGUCAAUAAACCACAUGAUGCUGUGCAAGCUCUGGAUGUUAGAAUGAGACAUUUUUCUUCUCUUGGCAGGCACAGAGUGCCAUUCAUGAGAGCAAGGACCUGGAAUCAGACGUACAUCUGGCAGAAGUCGCCCAACUGGGAGCAUGCAAUUCGGGGCUAGAUAAUGAAGAAUCUGUUCUCUGCUGGAGGAUGAACUUAACAAAUUCAGGUCAAAAGUCAGGACAAUGCAUAGAAAUGUGCUACCUCAACCAGUGUCAUGCCACUCAGUGUACAACAUGGAUUCACCCCUAUCUGAUGCUCACCAUCUUCUAAGCAGAAUUGAUAGAGAUAGUCUACCAGAGACAAGGAUGUGUUACCAAUCUUCAAAUCAUCCUCUACAAGGGGACUCUGAUGUGAAAAGUUCUUGGUAUUUAUGUGAUGCCAAGUAUUGACUAAACUCGCAUUGUCUCUCUUUCUGAUUUUAUUGUGUGUUUUUUUUGUUGUUAUUGUGUUUUUUUAUAAGUGAGAAAAUGUGUAUUUUUAAUGUAUUUGAUGAUGACUUUAUGUAUAUCCAAGCAGCAGGUCCAAGCUAUUUGACAAUUUAAUGAAUAUGAAUUAUUUGUUCAUUGAUGGAUGCUUUUACUAAGUAGGGCAUUAUUACUCGGUUAUUUACAAUUAUUUUUGAGGCUUCGAAUUAGGAUGGUGUGGUAAUUAGGCCUGAACAUUAUUUUAAUUAACUUAGUUGCAAAUUUCUCUUAAUUUGAAGUUAGUAUUUGCAUUUAUUUUGUGUUGACAAUUCUGCAAAAGUGGCUCCAAAGGUUUUCCAGAGUUUUUCCUGAUUGUGUUUUAUCUCCUUUUUUUUUUUUACCGUGGAUCUACUUGUAGAAUUGUUCAGCACCCCCACCCCAGAAAUUUUUACACAAUGCCCUUAUUCUUCCAUAAAUAUUACAUGUAUAUUGAUAUUUUCCAUUAAUAAUUACAUGAAGAAAGUUCAUAAAAGUUUAUUAGUUGCUAAAUUAGAGAUAAAGGGUGUUUCAAAUGCACAGAAUACUAUGCAUUUUCUUUUAUUAAAUUUCAACCUAUUUGAUUAGGCCUAUCAGCAGCAAUUAAAGUUUGUAUUAAAUCAUUUAAUAAUUUUCUCUUCAUUUUUAUGUAUCAAAAUAAUUUUAGUAUCAAUUAGCAUACAUGAUGAAAUGUGUUUUUUUCAUAGGAAUUAGUAAUGUUAACUUAAAACAACAUAAUAGGUCCAGGUAUACUUACAGUACAUUUCUUUUUUAUGGGCAGAAUAUGAGAAGAAUUAAACUAAACCCCUUUACAAAAAGUUGAUGCAUGAAUUGUGAAAAUUGUAAUCGAUUCAAGUGCAAACUCUUGGGUCAACGUGGAUGUCAACAACUUCUCCAUGCAUUAAUUUCAUCUCAUUUAGAUUAUUUUAUUUAAUUAUUUUUGGACUUCCUAGACAGAUAUUAGCAAAGCAGAAUACAAGCUCUUCAAGCUCCAGUAGAUUCCUUACUUUGACAUCUAGAAUGACCUCUAUCACAUGUUCUCUUCAAAGAGCCCAUUUUAAACUAGUAUACUCGUCCAUCGGGCUCCAUAUCAACCCUACAAAAAUUUGAGGAAAAUUCCCUCUAUC